AUGCCUAGGUCUAAAAGGGUUAAAUUACUUGGUUACUUUUCCAAUUGGGGUUCAUUAGUGGAGGUGCCAUUUGCCCCUCUUCCAAAAAUUGCCACUUCACAUGAUAUAUUACGUAGAUUGGAAAGCAUUGAAUUUAUACCAAAGAGAUCUUGGUGGUACAAACAAUCACAACAAUUGAUGUUAUACUCAUACGCUGUGAAUUGGAACGUUGAAGAUGUAUGCAGGCUCUUUUUUAUGCUUGAAAAAAUGAAUAUCAAAUUCCCUGAUUUGAUCAUUAGAAAUAUCAACUUAUUAUCAACAAAUGAUUUAACAGUGCAGCAGUCCAUUGUGGUCAUAAAUUCAUUGGUCUAUAAUAAGAUAAACCUCGAGAAUCUUUCACUGAAAUUGGUUGGCAACUUGGAAAAGAAAGGUUAUCUAUGGAAAUUUACUGAUUUAUGUUGUAUCUGUUAUAACAUAUAUAUGCUUAAUUUAACAACUUCUCUAUUUGACAAACUACGCAAAUUAUCAACUAGGCCAGAAUUUACAACAGAUAACUUACAGAAACAGUUAGACAUAUGCUCUAAACUACUCAUUAGAUUAGAUUUAUCAAAUGUGGAUCAACAGAUAAACUUGAAAAAAUGCAGUGUUGAAUCUCUUAUAUCACUAGCCAAUCAUGGUUAUGUGAACAUUGAAGUACUGUUACAGAGAUUACCACAAUUUAGUUGUUCUAAUCUGGCAAAAUUGUCGCUUUCAUUACACAAAUUACCGCCUGCCCACGCUUCAAGUAUAUCAACACAUAUAUUGUACUGUAUCACUACUCAAUCUCAUAAGUUAACUAUCGUCGAUUCAAUAAAACUGCUAAAGGGAUUAUAUAGAAUUGGGGUCACUAGUGAAUUGCUGGAUAGUAUAAUUUGCGAACGAAUAUACCAUUGGCAAUUAUUUGAACCUCCAAGUAUUGAUAAUUAUGAAUAUUGGAAAUAUUUACAUCAAUCAAAAAAAUAUCCCAAUUUGCCACACUUUGAACAAUUCUUCACAAUAGAAUAA